AGAGAGAGAGAGAGAGAGAGAGAGAGAGAGAGAGAGGCUCGCAAAUGGAAACGUGCAACAUCUCCUUCUGCGACGUGGACAGCAAGGUGGACCAGUUCUUCCAGCCCACGCUCUACAUCAUCGUCAUCGUCCUGGGGCUGCCCACCAACUGCAUGGCCCUGUGGGCCGCCUACAUGCAGGUACGCCAACGCAACGAGCUGGGCAUCUACCUGAUCAACCUGUCGGUGGCCGACCUGCUCUACAUCACCACCCUCCCGCUGUGGAUCGACUACUUCCUGCAGCACGAUGACUGGAUCCACGGUCAGGAGAGCUGCAAGCUGUUUGGUUUUAUCUUCUACACUAACAUCUAUGUCAGCAUUGCCUUCCUGUGCUGUAUAUCACUGGACAGGUACCUGGCCGUGGCGUACCCCAUGCGCUUCGCGAAGGUUCGACGAAUCAAAACAGCUCUCCUGGUCAGUAUCAUGGUCUGGGCCGUGGAGAUCGUUGCCAACUCCGCGCCCCUGUUCCACGACGAGCUUUUCCAGGACCGCUUCAACCACACCUUCUGCUUUGAGAAGUACCCCAUGCAGGACUGGGUGGCGGGGAUGAACCUCUACCGGACCUUCCUGGGCUUCCUGGCGCCGUGGACGGCCAUGCUGGUGGCCUACCGCGGCAUCCUGGCCGCCGUGCGCUGCAACGUGUCCACCGAGCGCCAGGAGAAGGCCAAGAUCCAGCGGCUGGCGCUGAGCCUGAUCCUGAUCGUGCUGCUGUGCUUCGGGCCGUACCACGUGCUGCUCCUGGUGCGCAGCGCCAUGUUCCUGCGGGCGCCGUGCGACUGCGGCUCCGAGGAGACGCUGUUCGCCGCCUACCACGUCUCGCUGGCGCUCACCAGCCUCAACUGCGUGGCCGACCCCAUCCUCUACUGCUUCGUCAACGAGGGCGCCCGCCACGACGUGGGCCGCGCCCUCUCCGCCCUGCUGGCCGCCGCCUGCUGCCGCCGCCGCCGCCGCCGCCCCUCCUCCGGCGGCGGCGGCGGCUCGCCCUCGCACGCCGACAUGCUGCACGCCGGCUCGGUCACCGUGGACACGCCGCUGGCCGCCAAGAAGCAGCCCUGCGUGCACGCCGACGGCAAGACCGGCGGCUACAAGACGGAGCUGGUGGCCCUCAGGGAGGAGUGUCUGCAGAUGACCAUCCUCAGCGUGAAGAAGUGA